UCCUCACUUCAAUUCAAAAGAUAAAAUGUUUCGGUCUCCCUAAGUGUACUGUAGAAAGUUAACUCCCAAAAAAAGAAACAAUAAUAAUAACGACAGUUGAGUUGUCAACGUCUUUGCUUGGUUGGCCGUUUCAAGAUUGAUUUGUUAAAUGGUGUGUUGAAUUCCGAAUGUCAAUAUUGUAGAAUUGCUCAAGCCCCAAAUUCCAAAGCAGCCAAAAUAAAGGGUGAGAUGGGCCAUGGGAUCACAAACCCAUAGAGAAGAAAUAGUCCACGCCACGAACCCAUUCAGUUCAAACCUUGAACAAUAGAGACUUAUUCUAUCUGAAAUAAGUACACCAAUCCCUUCCUCUAUAUAUAGACCAUGAAACAACCACAUAUAAUCACUCAUCAAAGCAUAAAUCCAUCAUCACAACCUGAUCAUCCUUCCGAGUUUUGAAUACCCUUUCAUAGAUCAACUAAUUUAAUUGCCACAACAAAACCUCAAAGAGACUCGAGGACGUAAACAUGGCAACCCUUCAAGCAUCAAGUGUGAUGUCUUCAUCCACUUCUCUUUCCUCGUGUUGCCGGAGAGGGAUGAUCAGAGGGGCCAUCAAUGUACCAACACUCCGGCCAAGUCAUCUCUCUCUUCCCAACCUCUCCACCAGAGGCUUGGUGGACGAAUUGGCGUUGAGAAGUGGUUACACAAGUACCACCACUACCCACAUUAAUGAAAAGCAUUUCAACUCUCCCAAAAAUACAAGAUUUGAUACUAAUGCUGCCGAUCCUGCGGUGAUGGCUAAGCUUUAUUCGAUCAUGGAGGCCGUUGCAGACAGAGUGGAGAUGCAUAAUAACAUUGGAGAGCAACGAAACAACUGGAACAGCCUGCUUUUAACAUCCAUAAACGCAAUCACACUUGGUGCCGCAACCAUGGUUGGGAUUACAGCUUCAGGUGCUAAUGUUGGUGCCCCUUUAAUGGGACUCAAGCUCUCUUCUACUGUGUUGUAUUUGGCAGCUACUGGGAUGCUGUCCAUCAUGAGCAAGAUUCAACCUUCCCAACUUGUUGAAGAACAGCGAAACGCUGCAAGGUUGUUUAAGCAGCUCCAAGGUCAAAUUCAGACAACCAUAUCCAUUGGCACACCCACAAUUGGUGAUGUGAAGGAAUUUAUGGACAAAGUUUUGGCUCUUGACAAGGCCUACCCACUUCCUCUACUAGGCGCGAUGCUCGACAAAUUCCCAUCAACGGUUGAGCCUGCAGUGUGGUGGCCACAACAGCCACGAAGACAAGCAAAAGGGCUUGGUAGGAAUGGUUGGAGUGGUGAGUUGGAAGGGGAAUUGAGAGAGAUAGUUGGGGUUUUGAAUAGGAAUGACAAAGCAGACUAUUUGAGGUUGGGUGAGAAAGCCUUGAAACUUAACAAAGUAUUAGCCAUUUCUGGCCCUUUAUUAACAGGCCUAGCAGCUAUUGGCUCUGCUUUUGUGGGAUCUCCUUCUCAUGGUUCAUGGGCUGCGGUGCUCGGUAUUUUUGGUGGUGCUUUGGCAAGCAUUGUGAACACAUUAGAGCAUGGUGGUCAAGUGGGAAUGGUGUUUGAGAUGUAUCGGAGCAAUGCCGGUUUCUUUAAGCUCAUGGAAGAGUCUAUUGAAUCAAAAUUGACAGAAAGAGAAGUUGGGAGGAGAGAGAACGGGGAAUUGUUUGAAAUGAAGGUGGCUUUGCAACUGGGAAGGAGCUUAUCAGAGCUUAGGAAUUUGGUUGCUUCCUCAAGAAAAGGGGAGGUCACUGAAGAGUUUGCAAGCAAGCUGUUCUGAUGAUACUUCCGGUUCUUCUUCACACUUCUAAGAAAUUUUGUAGUACAUAUUCUUGUACAUAUAUGUAACCGUUAACAAUGUCUAUAAAUCAACCCAUAGAGUAGCUAAUUUGAUUCAUUCAUUCAAUGUAUUGACAUCUUAUGAAGAUUGAAUUAUUCCAUUGUUUUAACUUCGCAUUCAGACAAAGACAAUGCUUAGCUACUCAC